CAUGCUCUCUGCCCUCUAGGAGCCUGGUUUAGCAGAAGAAACCCAUAUAUUGCCCUACUGUGUUACACAUCACAGAUCCUAACACUUGGCCAUGUAAGGCCCAAAGGAUGCCUAUUUGGGGGAGGACCUGGGAAAGUUCUAGAGAAAACCACUGAACUAAAUCCUUAAGGAUGAACAAAAAUUCUUCAGUGAGAUGAAGGAAUUGCAAGCUGGUGCAAACAUUGAAAACCAUGGAAUACCACAUUGUGUUGAGUCCCAAAAUUCUACACGGCUGCAUUUGGGUAUGAUUUGGGUAAGAGGGAGGAACAUGAGGGUGGAGAACAAACAGGGGCUGACCUCACAACUUUGUACUUUACCCUACACAGAAGGGUAGCCUAGAAAAAUCCGAAUGAGGGUAAUAAAGUGAUUGGUUUACACUUUCGAAGAUUACGAUCCGAUCCGUGGCUUCAUACUCCACAACUCCCACCAGAGGGCUGUCCUCUCUCACCAGGGGUCCUCACUCACGCUUCUCCAGCAUUCAGACAACUUGCCCCCUUUUCCCAGCCUCGGUCAGUAUAGUCACCCCGCCGUCGUGCGAUCCCGCCCCCCUUUCUAGCGCUCCUGUGGUCUGACUUCGGCAGCACUUUCCGGCAGGUGACUGGGCACUCGCUGUCACCGCAGCGGCCUCCCUCAACGUGACCUGAGAAUCUUCCCGAAGGGUGACAGACCAUCGCAUUUGCCUCAGUUUCCUUCUCUCAUGUGGGGAAAGGUCUGGCUCCCAGUCCACAGGCAGCUGGGCGUUAAGUACCAGACGCUUGGGGAGAGCCGGGGAGAGCCGGGGAGAGCCGGCACGGAGCAGACCCCAGCAUCUCUAGUGACGGGGACAAGCGCCGCCAGCUCCGCCCGGAGACUCUUGCGGGCGAGCUAGCGAGGAACAUGAAGGCGCGUGGUGCGCGACCGUGGCCUGCUCACCGGUGAACGGCACCGAGCCCCGUGACUUGCCGGUUGGUGUCGGUGACAGCAUGGUCUUCUGUCUGGAAAGCGAGGUGCUGCGCCGCCCGCUGCGAAGCGCCAUGGUCCACUUCCAAGCUUCAGAAGUCCAGCAGCUGCUACACAACAAGUUCGUCGUCAUCUUGGGGGACUCCAUCCAGAGAGCUGUGUAUAAGGAUCUGGUGCUUCUGCUCCAGAAAGACUCGCUGCUCACAGUUGCCCAGUUGAAAGCCAAGGGGGAGCUGAGCUUUGAACAGGACCAGCUGGUGGCUGGGGGCCAGCUGGGUGAGCUGCACAACGGGACACAGUAUCGUGAAGUCCGCCAGUUCUGCUCCGGUUCUGGCCAUCACCUUGUGCGGUUCUACUUCCUCACCCGAGUUUACUCUGAGUACCUGGAGGAUGUUCUGGAGGAGCUGACAUAUGGGCCUGCCCCGGACCUGGUGAUCAUCAACUCUUGCCUUUGGGAUCUCUCCAGGUAUGGCCGCUGUUCAAUGGAGAGCUACCGAGAGAAUCUGGAACGAGUAUUCAUACGCAUGGACCAGGUGUUGCCAGACUCCUGUCUGCUGGUGUGGAACAUGGCGAUGCCCCUGGGAGAGCGUGUCACUGGAGGUUUCCUACUGCCAGAGCUCCAGCCCCUGGCAGCCACUUUGCGACGGGAUGUGGUUGAGGGGAACUUCUAUAGUGCUACACUGGCUGGGGACCACUACUUCGAUGUUCUGGAUCUCCACUUUCAUUUCCGGCACGCAGUACAGCACCGUCAUCGAGAUGGUGUCCACUGGGACCAACAUGCACACCGCCACCUCUCACACUUGCUUCUGACCCAUGUGGCCGAUGCUUGGGGCGUAGAGCUGCCCACGAGGGACCAUCCCCCUGAACCAUGGAUUGAGGACUGGCCAGAGAUGGAUCAUCCGUUCCAGGGAAGCCAUAGGCAGCCCCCAGACUUCGGGGAGCAGCUGGCCUUACCCCCACCCCCACCCCCUCCUUUACCCCCUCCUAUGUCUUUUUCCUACCCUCUUCCACAACCUUCACCACCUCCCUUGUUCCCACCCCUGCCCCAGGAUACCUCUUUUUACCCAGGCCAGCCCUUCCCACCCCAGGAAUUCUUCAGUUAUAAUCCAAUAGAAGACUUCUCGAUGCCACCCAAUUUAGGGUGUGGCUCUCGAGUGAACUUUGUGCCUGGUCCCCUGCCACCUCCAGUCCCUGGCUCUGUCUCCCACGGUCAGCACCGGGGCCCAGUGGUCCACCGGGGGAUGCCACGCUGUGUUCCCAACAGCCCCUACCAUGUGCCAAGAUUGGGGGGUCUCUGUAGACGACUCAGGCACUCAGACAGACUGAUCCACACAUACAAACUGGACAGGCGAGGACAUACCCAUUCAGGAACAUGGCCUGGGUAGAUUGGAUUUGGGGCUGGGGCUGGAUGUGCCAAUGGCCCUGCGGGGCCUGCCUGGCACACAAGUGCUGGGCCAGAGUGUUUGCUAUGCCUGGCAUUAUUCUUGUCCAUUGCUGUUACCAAUAAAGGCAUGGAAGGAGA